GUUUAAGGCUCUGGUGUUUUUGUACUGCUUUGAGAUUAUUUUGGGGGAGAAGGCAGAAGGGUGGGGUUAAAUUGCUUUGACUCAAUCUGCUAAACACCCCAUGUUUCUUGUUACGCCACGUCCCUAUGUGAAGAUAAGCACCAACAUUUGAGUCAACUCUUCUCGUUGACUUUGGAGGACCGCUACGCCGUAGUACGCAAAAAUCUAAACUCCAGCUGGACUGUUCCGUAGAAAACACGCCUACUAGGCAGAAACGAAACAAGGAGAAGGAAAUACACGAAGAAAACGUUGGAAAGCGGAGAAUCCUUACAUACAAAAACAUGACGGCGGUGUUUAAAAUUUUAGCCGUUUUGGUUUUAGGUCACUUCUUUUUAAUUGCGGACUCACUAACAGGUGAUGUCUUACUCCCACAAAAUAUAAGUGUUAGCUGGACCAAUGAUUUUAAGCCUCUGUUUACCUGGGUCCGACCACAGCAGCUAAUGACAAACUGCAGCUAUGAUGGGGAGUUAUACGUCAGGAACAACAAGGAGACAUACACUGUUAACCCCAAUGACGACCAAGUCCAAAUUCUCUACACAGUAAUGGAGGGAGGAUCUCUGCGGUUUGUUCUUAAAACUGUCUGUGGCAAGAGGAAAAUUGAGGCUGAAUAUAAUGUCUCCUACCCAGAGGUGCUAAAGAACUUGCUGUGCUAUGUGUACUCCUCUACAAAUACUUACUGCUCUUGGGACAUAGCUAACCCCGAGGCAGAAUUUAAAUUUUUCUACAGGUUACUGCUUGAGGAUGGCACCGCAUCCAUCUACGACCCAUUGCCUCCAUUACAAGAGUGCAGCUCGUACAACUACACAGGUGGACUCAGAACCGGCUGCGAUAUUCGCACUAAAGUCACACAAGGCAUCACCAUUUUAUUGAAUGGCACGGCAAAUGGAACGUUUUUCAGAAACACCUACCAUAAAACACUAAAAGAUGAUGUGAGACUGCCUCCACUUAAAUGGACAGUAAAAAAGACUGGAAACAAAUUCAUCAUCAGCUGGGUGCCACCUGAUAUUGAAUAUAAUUUUGGAAUGUACGAAAUUGACUACACCGAGUGUAAUAAAACAAGGGUAAAACAAAUUGAACAUUUGAUCAGUACCUCCACUGAGCUGGAAAUUGAACCUCACUGUGAAUACCGCAUGACAAUCAGAGCCAAUUACACAAAGUUUUGGACCCCACCCAGUGAGGAAAAGUAUUUUGCUGCAGAUGCAGACAUCGUUCAAAAUGCGUUGGUGUUUGCAGCUGUCAUCAUCCCCUUGAUCUUUGUAGUGUUGGCAUUCGUUUCUCUCAUUUAUUUCAAGAGGAUCCAGGAAUUUAUUUUCCCCAAGAUACCAGUUCCCCGAGAUCUUCUCACAGAUAUUUUGGACAAGAGUACUGUCUCCAAAAUAUACAUUCCAAUAGUGGAACCAGAGGAGAACUGCAACAUUAUGUUAGUGAUGGAUUCCCAAACCAAAAACCCACGUUGAUAUUCCGCAGCUGCAGCGCAGACCCUGUCCUAAAACAUUCCAUCCCUAUCACCAAUAACAAAAGUGAAUUUGAAGGCUUCAGACAUUACAGACAACCCCCUUUUCAGCAUCAAGAGUAGCCGCUAUUAUUCUACAUUGGAUAUGUUUAAUAUUUAUGGAAAGAAUGAUGUGGAAGAAUAUAUUACUAGGUUUUCCUAUUUGUGUCCAAAAUUUGUGUUUUUAUUCUGUACCAGACAAAAUGAAGACCCCAGCCUAUUGAUGAUUGUUACUCUGUUUGAAUGAAUGUGUUUCUCUUUUACGGUCUUUGUUCCUGAAACGUUGCACAAACUCCAACUUUGUCCACUGGGAUUGGCUUCAGUUGCCCUGUGGAUUUUUAAAAGGAAUUCUCAGAAGUUUUACCUUGCUGACUAAGAUGAAAAUCCUUGAGGACAUCUCCUUCUUCCUCUUUCAUUUCUUUGUUGAUCGACUAUAUUACCUUUUCCUCUUAUUGAUUCCAUUGAUACCCUUUAAUGUCUUUCUCUCACUUUCUGUCUGACAGUUUCACCACCUCCAGAACUUUUUUUGCACUGAAAAAUGUUUUUAAUAUUAGUCAUACAUCAGGGCCAUUGUCCUACUGGUGAAAAAGUCAGGGUCCACACGGACGCCUCUUUGAUGCUAUCUUUAUGGUAUCUAAAUGUUAUACAGUCAUAGGAUUAAUGACAAAAAUAGUCAAGAGUCAAUAACUGUUCUUUUUGUUUACUGUUUUUAUGCCUUGUCUUUUUUUUUAAAUGUAUGAGCCUUUUUUAUUUCAUUCUGUACAACAUAAGUUCCCUGGUCAAGAAACAGGAAAUCUGUUGUUUUACAUUUUGCACACUGUAAAUAAAUAAAAUUGAAAGUCCUAAAACUUUUCAUUUUAAUU